GGGCGGGCGGGGGCGCGAGGCGCUCUCCCGGCCCCCCUCCGUCCCCGCUCUCUCCGGUUACGCCACUUGCGUAAGGCCGGCCGGCCUCCCCCGCGCGCGGCGCUGCGCAUUUUGCGCACGGCUCGGGCCGGGGGCGCGCGGCCCUUCCCUCCUCCCCCCGGCCCCCCGAGCUCAUCCCGCUACGCCGUUGGCGUACGGCGGGCGCCGCGGGCUGCGCCGUUGGCGGGCCGGUGCGCAGAGUGCGGGCGCGGGGCGGGGCGGAGCGCGGGGCACUUCCUGCCGCCGCCAUUUUGUCAGCGGACGGCCGGAGGAAGCGGCGGCUGAGGCGCGGCGCGGCCCGCGACUUUUCUUUCGGUAGUAGCUUCAAAAAUGAAGGUCAGAGGGUUCUGCUGGUGAAGAAGUCCCGAACACCUCGAAGGGUCAACUCUGAUUUAAGAUACAGUAUCUAAAGGCAUUUGUGCCUGAAGCCACGGAAGAUAGAUGGACAAGCCAAGCAACUUCUGACUCUGCAUCAUUUUCUGGGGCAAAGUUAUAUGGCAAUGUAUCCUACAAGGGUGUCUGGUGAGGAAUGCAAUGGGAUCAAUAGCAUGUCUGCGGAGAGCGGCCCCGGGACGAGACUGAGAAACCUGCCGGUGAUGGGGGAUGGACUGGAAGCCACCCAAAUGUCUACGACGCAGGCGCAGGCGCAACCCCAGCAAGGCAGCACCGUCGGCGUCAACCCCCCUCCGCCAGAGACCUCCAACCCCAACAAGCCCAAGCGCCAGACCAACCAGCUGCAGUACCUGCUCAAGGUGGUGCUCAAGACGCUAUGGAAGCACCAGUUUGCGUGGCCUUUCCAGCAGCCCGUGGACGCUGUCAAGCUGAACCUCCCUGAUUAUUAUAAGAUUAUUAAAACUCCUAUGGAUAUGGGAACAAUAAAGAAACGCUUGGAGAAUAACUACUACUGGAACGCUCAAGAAUGUAUCCAGGACUUCAACACGAUGUUUACAAAUUGCUACAUCUACAAUAAGCCAGGAGAUGACAUAGUCUUAAUGGCAGAAGCUCUAGAAAAGCUUUUCCUGCAGAAAAUCUCCGAAAUGACCCAGGAGGAAACUGAAAUCGUUAUAGCCCAGACAAAAGGAAGAGGACGCGCGCGGAAGGAAGCAGUGACAUCCAAGCCAGGAUCAUCGACGGUACAGAAUGCGACCCAGGCGGCGUCCCCGGCGCAGACGCAGGCUCCGCAGCAGAACCUCCAGUCCGCGCAGACAACUCAUUCCUUCCCUUCUGUCACCCCCGACCUUAUCGUCCAGAUGCCAGUAAUGACGAUGGUGCCUCCUCAGCCUCCUGCGCCGCCUCCGCCUGCCCCCCAGGCCCCCGCUCCGCCGGCCCCGGCCCCCCAACCCAUCCAGCCUCACCCUCCCGUCAUCCCCACACCCGCUCAGCCCGUGAAGACGAAAAAAGGAGUGAAGAGGAAAGCAGACACCACAACACCGACGACCAUAGACCCAAUUCAUGAAUCAUCAUCGCUGCCUGCUGAACCCAAGUCCACCAAGCUGGGGCCGCGGAGGGAAAGCAGCCGACCGGUGAAGCCCCCGAAGAAGGACGUCCCAGAUUCCCAGCAGCACAUGGUAGAGAAGAGUAGCAAAGUGUCCGAGCAGUUAAAAUACUGCAGCGGCAUCAUCAAAGAGAUGUUUGCCAAGAAGCACGCUGCCUACGCCUGGCCCUUCUACAAACCUGUGGAUGUGGAAGCACUGGGACUGCACGACUAUUGUGAUAUCAUUAAACAUCCCAUGGAUCUGAGCACGAUCAAAUCUAAACUGGAGAACCGGGAAUACAGAGAUGCUCAGGAAUUUGCAGCCGACGUGCGAUUGAUGUUUUCCAACUGCUACAAGUACAACCCCGCCGAUCACGAGGUGGUGGCGAUGGCACGGAAACUGCAGGACGUAUUUGAGAUGCGCUUCGCUAAGAUGCCAGACGAACCAGAAGAACCUGUGAUUCCAGCCUCUUCUCCCGUGGUGGUGCCACCUCCAACCAAGGUGGCUCCCCCUUCCUCUAGCGAUAGCAGCAGCGAUAGCUCCUCGGACAGCGACAGCUCGUCGGAUGACUCCGAGGAAGAGCGAGCUCAGCGGUUAGCAGAACUCCAGGAGCAGCUUAAAGCAGUGCAUGAACAGCUUGCAGCCCUGUCCCAGCCACAGCAAAACAAACCAAAGAAGAAGGAGAAAGACAAGAAGGAGAAGAAGAAGGAGAAGCACAAAAAGAAGGAAGAACUGGAAGACAGCAAGAAAAGUAAAGCCAAGGAACCGCCACCCAAGAAGGCUAAGAAAAGUAACAGCAACAGCAGUACCUCCAGUAGUAAGAAGGAGCCUGUGACGGUGAAGAACAGCAAGCCCCCUCCAGCCUACGAGUCUGAGGAGGAGGAGAAGUGUAAGCCAAUGUCCUAUGAGGAGAAGAGGCAGCUGAGCCUGGACAUUAACAAACUCCCUGGUGAGAAACUGGGCCGAGUUGUCCAUAUCAUCCAGUCAAGAGAACCCUCGCUUAAAAACUCCAAUCCCGAUGAGAUUGAAAUUGACUUUGAGACAUUGAAACCCUCCACGUUACGGGAGCUGGAGAGAUACGUGACAUCGUGUUUACGGAAGAAGAGGAAACCUCAAGCAGAAAAAGUGGAUGUAAUUGCUGGUUCCUCUAAAAUGAAGGGGUUCUCGUCCUCAGAGUCUGAGAGCACCAGCGAGUCGAGCUCCUCCGACAGUGAAGAUUCAGAAACAGAAAUGGCACCAAAAUUGAAGAAGAAAGGGCAUUCUGGGCGAGAGCAAAAAAAGCAUCACCAUCACCACCAUCCACCGGUGCAGCAGCAGCAGCAGCAGCCGCCGCAACAGCCCCCACCGCCGCCGCAGCAGCAGCCCCCGCCACCGCCACCGCCGCAGCCGCUGCCACCGCAGCAGCUACAGCCACAGCAGCCGCCGCCGCCACCACCCGUCCCUCCGCAAGCGCCGCCACCGAUGAAGUCCUCCCCCCCACCUUUCGUACCCGCGCAAGUCCCCGUCAUGGAGCACCCACUCCCAGGGAACAUGUUCGACACUAUGCCACAUUUCACUCAACCCAUCAUGCAUCUUCCCCAGCCGGAGAUGCCACCCCAUCUUCCCCAGCCACCUGAGCACAGCACUCCUCCCCACCUGAACCAACACGCGGUGGUCUCUCCUCCAGCUUUGCACAACGCUCUGCCUCAGCAGCCCUCGAGACCCAGCAACCGCGCCGCCGCGCUGCCCCCGAAGCCUUCGCGCCCGCCGGCCGUCUCGCCAGCCAUCAGCCAGCAGCCUCUGCUCCCGCAGCCGCCUCUGCCCCAGCCUCCCCAGGUCCUGCUGGAGGACGAGGAGCCGCCCCCGCCUCACCACAGCCUGCCUCUGAGCACCAGCCAGAUGCAGCUCUACCUUCAACAGCUGCAGAAAGUGCAGCCGCAGACUCCUCUUCUCCCUUCAGUGAAGGUCCAGUCGCAGCCCCAGCCUCCCCUGCAGCCUCCGGCGCACCCCGCGGUGCAGCAGCUGCAGCACCAGCCCCAGCAGAGGCCCAUGCACAUGCAGCCCAUGUCCUUCCCUUCCCACAUCCCCCAACCGCAGCCGCCUCCGCAGCAGCAUCCGCCCCCGCAGCCGCCGCCGCCGCCGCCGCCGCAGCCGCCGCAGCCGGCGAAACCUCAGCAAGUCAUCCAGCACCACCCCUCGCCGCGGCACCACAAGCCCGACCCCUACUCGACCGGUCACUUGAGGGAAGCCCCUUCCCCUCUCAUGAUGCAUUCCCCACAGAUGCCGCCGUUCCAGGGCUUGGUCCACCAGUCGCCACCUCAGCAAAAUAUCCAGCCAAAAAAACAGGAGAUGAGAGCCGCCUCCGUCGUGCAGUCGCAGCCGAUGGUGGUGAAGGAGGAGAAGAUGCAUUCGCCGGUCAUCCGAAACGAAACCUUCAGCCCCCCGCUGCGGCAGGACCCUCCGAAACACCCGGAGAGCAUCAAGCCCCCCGCGCACAUCCCGCAAAGAACGGAGAUGAAGCCCAUGGAGGGCGGGCGGCCCGUAAUUAGACCCCCCGAGCAGAACGCGCCGCCACCGGGAGUGCAGGACAAAGACAGACAGAAGCAGGAACCAAAAACGCCCGUUGCCCCUAAAAAGGACCUGAAAAUCAAGAACAUGGGCUCGUGGGCGAGCUUGGUUCAGAAACACCCCACCACCCCGUCCUCCACGGCCAAGUCCUCCAGCGACAGCUUCGAGCAGUUCAAGAGGGCAGCGCGGGAGAAGGAGGAGCGGGAGAAGGCGCUGAAAGCUCAGGCAGAACAGGUGGAAAGGGAGAAGGAGCGGCUGCGGCGGGAGCAGGAGCGGAUGAGGAGCCGCGACGACGAAGACGCCAUGGAGCAGGCUCGCAGGGUGCACGAGGAGGUGCGGCGGCGCCAGGAGCAGCAGCAGCAGCAGCAGCAGCAACAACAGCAGCAGCAGCAGCAACAGCAGCAGCAGCAGCAGCAGCAGCAGCAGCAGCAGGUGCCACCGGCCACAGCCUCCGCGCCCCAAGGCCAGAGCUCGCAGCCGCAGUCCUCGCAGUCCAUGCUGGAUCAGCAGAGGGAGAUGGCCCGGAAGCGGGAGCAGGAGCGGAGGCGCAGGGAGGCGAUGGCAGCUACGAUCGACAUGAAUUUCCAGAGCGACUUGUUGGCAAUAUUCGAAGAGAACCUUUUCUAAUAGCGCCUCGUUUCCUCCUCCUGACUCUUUCGAAACCCACCCCCCGGCAAAAAAACCUUUGAACUCUCCAUAGUGUUACCGGCGGCUGGGAGGGGAGCGCGCGCGCGCCCGCGGCCCCCUGCAUGCUCGCCCGUCGCGGCUCUUUCAACGCGGCCUCCGGAGGAUCAGCAGGGUCUGCCUUACAGCCCGCCAUCCGCCCCCCACCCUCCCCGAAAACCGACGAAGACCACCGCCCCCGCGCGAAGCCUGUGGGGGGGCCACCCCGGGGCAUCGCCGCCGGCACCGGGCGCGCGCCCCCGUCGUCACUCGACAUCCUCUAUGCCAAACGUAUUCGCCGUAUAUCCCAGGACUUCAUCUUCGUCACACCUUUUUCUAGACGCCAGGGUCCUCCUCGACUUGCCGAACGUCCACGAGAGCGAGCAGUGCCGGGGUGGGGGGGGAGGGGUGGGGGGGGGGGCCUUUCUCUCUCUUCCCCCCUCCUCCUCCAUGAGCCGGCGCUCCCGGUGCCGCCGUCCUCCCCACCUCCGCGCCCGCUCGCGAAAAAAGGGAACCGCGGCGAGCGCGCGCGCGUGUGGCCGCUCGGUGGAGGCUCCGGCGGCGCGCGGCGCUCCGGGAACCGGAGCUAGACUACCAACCAAAGUCAGAUUCUUUCAGUCUUUUCGUUCGUUCGUUUAUAUUUCCCCCCCUCACCCCCCCACCCCCCCCGCCACCACCACCACCGCCACCGCCACCACCACCACCACCCCCCUUUUUUUUUUUUUCCUUCCUUCCUCCAGAAAAUUCGGCACUGCUCAAACUCUUCACCGGGUGUCAUUCGUCCCUCUGCAUCGCGGGGUGGAGCGGGGAAAAAAAAAAAACAGCGGCAGCGGGGGACGUCACCACCCUGCCACUAGUGUUUGUGGCUGUAUUGUAUAGUGAAUAUAGUUGGCAUAUAUUUGUUUGAGGUUUUUUGGUGAGCCCCACCAAAUUCGGUGUAAAGAACACACUGCUUCUAUUUUGCUCAGUUUCAAACUUUUAGUCUAUAUUUUUAACUGUAAGAACCAGAAAGCCACGGUUUUUUGGUUUUUUGGUUUUUUGGUUUUUUUUUUUUUAAAGCGUCAUAAAAAAAUAUGUUUAAAACGAACAAAAAAAAAAAAAAACACGUUGGAAAAAAAAAAGAAGAAAAAGGAAAAAGUUGAAAAAAAAAAAAAAAAGUUUUUAUACCGGCUGCCACCACGGGCAUGGGGCUUCCCCCCCCCUCCGCGGGCGGCGGCGCGCAUUCUUCGAUUUAAUUUUAUUCUUCGAACUGUUCGACGUUAUGUGCCAUAAAUACCCACUAUACAGUACAAUCCUGGCGCGUCAGUAUUGGGCGAGCUCUGGAGUAACUCGAUGGUUUUAUUUCCUACAGUGAAUAUGCAUCUGGUCUGUACCGAUCAUGGAAUAAACGCAUCUCUUUUUUUUUUUUAAA